UCUAUUUUCUGUGGGUCUGUGGUCAGCCACUAAACUUAAAAGAAUAUUUUUUAGGUCAGGUUAACCUGCAUUCUAAUAUGUUCUUUUUUCACUUGUAAGAUGUUUUUAAGCGAUAAUCGAAAAAUAUGAAUCUACAAUUGUCUUCAAGGCUUCACAUGACAUUAAAAAAAAACUUCCUUCAAGAUUUAAUCCGUUGCAAAGUAUGUUGCUGUAGGUACACAUCCAAUUACACCUCUACAAGCGAUGAUUUGAAGGAUCCAGCGAUAGAUUCAAAAAAAAUACAAAUUAGAAACAAAAUUACAGGUGGGCCUCAUUUAAAAGACUUUUUGAAUCGGAAUUCUUUUUCUAAUAAUGAGUCUCAACUUGUGGAAGAUAAUAUUCCUUACCUAUUGGAAACUAAUAAAUUUGGUUAUAAACGAAAGGUAUAUUUUGAUAUAUAUGGCUGUCAAAUGAAUGUAAAUGAUACAGAAAUUGUAUGGAGUAUUCUGAAAGACCACAAUUAUGAAAGGACUGAAAAAUUACAAGACGCUGAUGUGAUUCUUUUAAUUACUUGUGCUAUUAGAGAAAGUGCUGAAGAUAGAAUUUGGGGUAGAUUAAACUACAUAAAAGGAAUCAAGAAUCAUCGAAAUAAGUGCAGACCUAGUUUAAAAGUAGGAAUUUUAGGUUGUAUGGCUGAAAGGUUGAAAGAGAAAGUUCUUGAAAAGGAAAGAACCGUAGAUUUGGUAGCUGGCCCAGAUGCUUAUAGGGAUUUACCAAGAUUACUGGCAUUAACUGAAAAUGAUCAGAAAUCUGUUAAUGUGUUAUUAUCUUUUGACGAAACCUAUGCUGAUAUAACCCCGGUAAGGUUAAAUGAAAAUUCCUUAUCAGCAUUUGUCUCUAUCAUGAGGGGUUGCGACAAUAUGUGCACAUAUUGUAUAGUGCCAUUUACCAGAGGCAAGGAACGAUCUCGCCCUGUCAGUUCUAUUUUGAAAGAAAUAGAAUACUUGAGUGAGAAUGGUGUCAAAGAAGUAACUUUGCUAGGUCAAAAUGUAAAUAGUUACAGGGAUAUAUCAGAGUCAUAUUCUAUUGAUAAUGUUACCAAUUUGGCAAGUGGUUUUAAGACUGUUUAUAAAAAUAAAAAAGGCGGUUUGAGAUUUGCUGACUUGUUGCAAAAAGUUGCUGACAUUAACCCUGAAAUGCGAGUUAGAUUUACAUCACCGCAUCCCAAGGAUUUUCCUGAUGAAGUUAUUCAAAUCAUUCAAUCGCGUUCAAACAUUUGCAAGAAUCUCCACAUGCCUGCGCAAUCUGGUAACUCUCGGGUUCUGGAAAGAAUGAGAAGAGGAUAUACCAGGGAAGCAUAUUUAGAGUUGGUUUAUCAUAUCCGACGUCAUAUACCUAAUGUUGCGUUCAGUUCAGAUUUUAUUUGUGGUUUCUGUGAUGAGACAGAAGAAGAAUUUGAAGACACUAUAACUUUAAUGGAGGAAGUCCAAUAUAAUACUGCAUACUUAUUCUCCUAUAGUAUGAGAGAGAAAACAACAGCCCAUCGGAGAUUUAUCGACAAUAUUCCUGAGGAGGUUAAGAAAAGAAGGUUGCAAAGGAUGAUUGACACUUCUAGAACUAAAGCUUUAAAGUUAAACAUGUCUCAAAUUGGUAAAACCCAUUUAGUAUUAAUCGAAGGAUUCAGUAAAAGAUCGUCAGAUAAUUAUCAGGGACGGAAUGAUCAAAAUAUUCGCGUGAUACUCCCAGCAAACGAAUGUGUCACGUCCAAGAAUGGCACUGGUCUAAGACUUUUGAAACCUGGCGAUUAUGUGGCGGUUUAUAUUAAUGCUGCCAAUUCUCAGUGUCUAAAAGGUAUACCAUUGUAUUUUUCAAAUUUACAAGAUUUUUAUUUAGAGGAGGCUUACAAAUACACAGCUUCUAAUGGUUGA